AUGUCCAUUCAGGAGAAAUCAAAAGAAAAUUCCUCCAAUGUUACUAAAAAAUGUGACGAUAAGAAUUUAGAAGCACAAAUUCAAGGUUCUGAAAAGAAUCUAGCAAAGAAAUCAAGUCCAAAGCAAGCUAUAAAAUCAAUGGCUAAAUCUUCUAGUGAUAAAAUAAAUAAAAUAAAUCAGCCUGAAUUAGGGACAUUUAUGAAUACAAGGUCAGCAAAAGCAGCAUCCAAUGAUGAAAAAGAUAGUAAAUCCAUUAAUAAAAAUAUGGUGACUCUGAAGGGACAUUCUCAACAAGAAUCUACAAAAAAAUCUCAGAAAAAAUCAUUGCCUGAAACGCCUAAAUCAAAUGAACAGCCUAACCGGAGAUCACAAAGACUACAGCAGCUUACGGAGGUUUCAACAAGGUCUCUGCGGAGUAGAGAAAUCCAGGGUCAAGUUCAAGCAGUUAAACAGAGUUUGCCACCAGCAAGAAGAGAAUACUCUAGCAAUACUCAGAAUAAAUCUAAUAAAGUUAAAACAAGUCAAAAACAUGUGAAAAGAAAAGUACUGGAAAUAAAAUCUGAUUCUAAAGAGGAUGAAAAUCCAGUUAUUAAUGAAGUAGUAAAUUCCCCAAAAGGAAAAAAACGCAAAGUAGAGCAUCAGCCAACUUAUGCUUGUAGUUCUCAGUGCAUGAAAGCAUCUGAAAACUGUCUUCAGAAAAAUAUUAGAAAAGAGGAAACGAAAUCUGUGCCUGUAACUUCUGAGAUAAAAAAAUCAUCUGUCUCUAAAAAAAAUGAGAUGAAGAAGUCUGUUCAUUCACAAGUGAAUACAAGUGCAAAAGUCUCCAAAAGUUCACAGCCAUUAGUGCCUGAACAAAGUGUAGAUAAUGAGCAAGCAGGAAAGAAUAAACGAGGUAGCAUUCUCCAGCUCUGUGAGGAAAUUGCUGGUGAAAUCGAGUCAGAUACUGUAGAGGUAAAAAAGGAAUCUUUACAAAUGGAAAGUGUAAAGGAGGAGAAGCCUACGGAAAUAAAAUUGGAUAAAGCUGAUACUGAAAGACAAAUACUUCAUCAGAAGGAAACAAAUAAGGAUGUUCAGUGUAAUCGUUUCUUCCCUAGUAGAAAAACAAAGCCUGUGAAAUGUGUAUUGAAUGGAAUAAACAGCUCAACUAAAAAGAAUUCCAACUGGACCAAAAUUAAACUCUCAAAAUUUAAUUCUGUGCAGCAAAAUAAGUUAGACUCUCAAGUUCUCCCUAAAUUGGGCUUAGUACGAACUAGUUUUUCACUACCAGCAUUAGAAAUGCCUCAUCCAGUGACUCAAAGUACAUUUUUAGGGACAAAACCACAUGAUAAAAAUAUAGCUUGCCAGCAGGUAGAAAUUAAUUCUGAAGAAGUUAAAAGUAGUGAUAUUACAGUUGAAAUUAUUAAAGCCACAAAAAGAGCUCCUGAAAAUUGUCAUUUGGAUAAUCAGAUAAAACCACCUCCAGAUUCACCAUUGGAUAAUCAGAUGAAAGAUUCUUUUGAAUCAACACCAGAUAAGAAUUUCAGCCUGCAUUUGGAAUCUAAACGGGAAAACAAUCUAGUAGAAAAUAACACUACUGCUUCAACUCUGCUCAAUCAAGCAAAAAUUGAUACAGGGGAGAGUAAAUUUUCAGGUUCAACUCCCAAGCAGCACAAUAUACUCAAUAAUCAAACAUCUAAGACCAGUGAUAACAGGGAAACAACACCAAAUCAUUCUUGGCCCAAAUGUAAUUCCCAUUUGGAGAUAACAAUUCCAAAGGAUUUGAAAUUAAAAGAAGCAGAGAAAACUGAUGAAAAACAGUUGAUCAUAGAUGCAGGACAGAAGAGAUUUGGAGCAGUUUCCUGUAAUAUUUGUGGCAUGCUUUACACAGCUUCAAAUCCUGAAGAUGAAACACAGCAUCUGCUCUUCCACAACCAGUUCAUAAGUGCUGUAAAAUAUGUGGGCUGGAAAAAAGAAAGGAUUUUGGCUGAAUAUCCUGAUGGCAGGAUAAUAAUGGUUCUACCUGAAGAUCCAAAGUAUGCCCUGAAAAAGGUUGACGAAAUUAGAGAGAUGGUUGAUAAUGAUUUAGGAUUCCAGCAGGCUCCACUAAUGUGCUAUUCCAGAACUAAAACUCUUCUCUUUAUUUCUAAUGACAAGAAAGUAGUUGGCUGUCUAAUUGCAGAACAUAUCCAAUGGGGCUACAGAGUUAUAGAAGAAAAACUUCCAGUGACCAGGUCAGAAGAAGAAAAAGUCAGAUUUGAAAGACAAAAAGCCUGGUGCUGCUCAACAUUGCCAGAGCCUGCAAUCUGUGGGAUCAGUCGAAUAUGGGUAUUCAGCAUGAUGCGUAGGAAGAAAAUUGCUUCUCGCAUGAUUGAAUGUCUAAGGAGUAACUUUAUAUAUGGCUCAUAUUUGAGUAAAGAAGAAAUUGCUUUCUCAGAUCCCACUCCUGAUGGAAAACUGUUUGCAACACAGUAUUGUGGCACUGGUCAAUUUCUGGUAUAUAAUUUUAUUAAUGGACAAAAUAGCACCUAA